AAGGUCAUACCUUAACUCUCAUUUUCUCUAACCCCAAACAAAAAAACACUAUAAUCUAAGUUAACAUCACAAUUACCAAACUAUGAAAUUGAGAACACAAAAAACCUAUAUGUUUCUCUUAGUAUUAUCUUUUCUACUUGCAGAUGUAUCUGAAUCCAUUUCUUUUGCACCAGCAAUUGGAUUAAUAGUCAGAAGUAGAAUUCCUUUCUAUCUUAAACGCAUAACUUCAAGUAAAUUAUUUUCCAGCAUCUGGAAUAAACUCAAGUCAAUCUUCAACAACGCUCUAAAGAUUGGAGACAUAGCUAGCGGAAUUUCCGAUUUGAAAGAAUAUUUACAAUUCUUCGGUUACCUAAACUCUUCAACUUUGCAUUCAAAUUUCACUGAUGCUUUCACAGAAAAUCUUCAAUCUGCAAUAAUCGAAUUUCAAACAAAUUUCAAUCUCAAUACUACAGGUCAACUCGAUCAAGAUAUAUAUAAAAUUAUUUCAAAGCCACGUUGUGGUGUUCCUGACAUAAUCAAUGGAACCACCACCAUGAAGAACAACUUCAUCAACAAAACAAUGCCGUUUAAACCGUGGUGGAGAAAUGUGGAGAACAGAUCGUUAGCAUAUGCUUUUCAUCCAGAGAAUAAUGUCACAGACAAUGUUAAGUCUUUGUUUCAAGACGCGUUUAACCGUUGGUCAAAUGCAACUGAAUUGAACUUCAUUGAGACAAUGUCGUUUAAUGAUUCAGAUAUUCGUAUAGCGUUUUUAACGUUGGAUGGAAAAGGUGGAACAGUUGGAGGCAGUUAUAUAAACAGUAGUGUUAAUGUUGGAAGUGUAUAUUUGGAUGCAGAUGAACAAUGGGUGUUACCUAGUGAAAAUGUUGUUGAAGAGGAUGAUGUGGAUUUGGAAUCUGUUGUGAUGCAUCAAGUUGGUCAUUUACUUGGGUUGGGGCAUUCUUCUGUUGAAGAGGCUAUUAUGUAUCCGAUUGUGUUGCAAGAAAAGAAGAUUGAGUUGGUAAAUGUUGAUGAUUUGCAGAGGAUUCAGGAAAUUUAUGGUGUCAAUACUUGAAGAGGUUAACAUAGUUCAUGUUCUUGGUUUGUAUAUGUUACUAAUAAGUUACUAUUACAUUAGGAGUUACAAGUAUUCUAUAAUAUUGGUGAUAAUAACAAGAUUGUAAAACGGUUGGAGUAGUCUAUAAGACCUAGUUCAACUGAAAAUAUUUUCAUUCAAGUUCAAAUUCUUGAGCUAGCAAUUGUGUGUCUUUUUACACUCGUUCAUUAUCUCUGCCGCGCCAUUUUGUUACGGUGUCUUUUAAACGGAAAAAUGUCUUUGAA